AUGACGUCUGAUCAAGAAGUAUUUUCGCUCUACGACAGCUCACCUGAUUCUCUCCUGGAUAUUUGUAUGGAUUACAUAGUGGCCAAUCUGAACACAAUUACGACAUUGGAUCCCACCAGUCGCUGGCGUAAACUUAAAGAUGAUAUAAUAUUACCUGCUGAAUUAUGCGAAAAAUUCAUCCAGACUUAUCAAAAGAAAAACCGAGUGAACGAUAACAUUGCAAACUUAUUUCGCGAUCGAUCCCGAACAAGACUCGACCGCGUGAAAUUACGAAAUUCUCGUAUCACAGAUGAGGGUCUACGCUGCUUCAUGGUCCAUAGGCCCUACAGUGUAGAAUUGGUGCAAUGUGAGUACUUGUCACAGGCAUCACUGGAUAUAAUUAAUAUAAACAGCGACCGUUUGGUGUCUCUAAAAUUUGGUCCACUUACAUAUGUCCUUUCUCAAGAAGAAGGGCACCUACGUCAAAGAGGACAUAUAAUUGAUGCGCCCAACUUAAGGCAGCUGACUAUACAAUGUCGCGGGCUGACUAUAUUUCCAUUACUUCUGUUAAAGCCACUAAAGAACUUGACACAUCUAGAUCUAUCUGAAUUUACAUCAACUGUGUCCACAUGUGCGUUACAUGAGCUGAAAAACUUAAGGUCACUUAUUUUGCACAAUGUUCUCUGGUCAAAGGAAAUCAUAGAUUGGAUUACAACUCUCCAGUCACUGAGACACUUGGAUUUAUCCCAUUCAAAUGAGAGACAUGGAAAAUAUUAUAAUCCAAAUGAAGUAUUGUCUACAAUAGUGACUAGUUUGCCACAUCUUCAAUCGUUGGACAUAUCAGGCACUAAUUUAGCUGGGUCUGGAGCAGCAUCAGUUUCAAUUGUCAAGGAAAGUUCGUCUGGUCAAAUACCAGAUGUUCAUGUUCGUUGUGAUAUACCAGGGCUUGUGAGUAGGGUUAACAACCCUUUAGAGUUCCUAGGCUUGUACGGAACUCAUCAUGGAGCUUGCAAAAGACAUGAUAUCCCUGCUAAAGUGAUCUCAGGCGAUGCUAAUGAGGAACAGAUUUUGACUGCUGCCAUGGCUUACAUGGAACGUCCAGCAAUGCUUACUCGUGUGCUUAAUGAUCUUUACUACCUAUUUCGCUAUGAAAAUAAUGCAUAUGUCGGUCGUGCGCUUACUGUUGUGUUGGAUGCAAUGGAUCAACAUGUUUCAGAGAAACAUAUUCAAAUCUCAGGAAGUGCUACCCUCUUCUAUAUCGUCAAAGGAAGGGAGAAGGCACGCAUUGGCAUUAAAUUGAAGCGUCGCAUAAUAACCGCAUUGCUCGAUGGUAUGGAAGCGCAUCUAGGAGAUGACACUAUGAUGAGAAACGGCUGCCUCACACUUUGUCAGUUCAAGAUACCAGUUGAUGUGCUGUUCGAAUACGAGCGAGUGGUCCAGAUCCUGUUGAACGGUGUUGCUGAUGUCAAUCAAGAAGGCUUCGUGCAGCGUAUCGCCAUCUAUUUGCUGAACUCGCUCGCCUGUCAGGUGGACGGGAAACAGAAACGUUUUUUGGGCAACCACGGCGCUAUUGGGAAAAUGCUGAACCUGAUCUCGGAACGUCUCGAACGCCGCUUAUGCGAUGACGUGCUCGAGGUGGCCUGGUCGACGAUGUGGAACGUGACCGAUGAAACGCCGCAGAACUGCCAGCGGUUCCUCGAAAACCGUGGCAUGGAGUACUUCCUUGCUUGUCUGCAGAGCUUCCCUGAUAAAGAAGAACUACUCCGCAACAUGAUGGGUCUGCUGGGCAACGUGGCUGAAGUAGCUGAAUUGAGGCCACAGCUGAUGAACACGUUGUUCCUUAACGUCUUCUAUGAUCUUCUCGACUCAUCUUGCGACGGUAUAGAGGUGAGUUACAACGCGGCCGGUGUCCUUGCUCAUAUGGCGUCCGACGGUCCCGAAGCUUGGACCGUUGAAGAGCCCGACCGCGAGGAAGUACUGGAGCGCGUCGCCGCAGCAGUGCAGCGCUGGGACCUGCUCGCCGAAAGGAACAUCAAUUACCGCUCGUUCGAACCGAUCCUCAGCUUGUUGCACGCCCACCAUACGCCGCAAUGCCAGCACUGGGCGGUCUGGGCACUUGCUAACCUCACCACUGUUUAUCCUGACAAAUACUGCGCCUUGGUCGAAGCCGAGGGCGGGCUGAUACUUCUCCACGAACUCCUUAAGCAUCCAGAACCUUACGACGUUAUAAAGGAAUUGGCUUGCGUUGUCAUCAAUAACUGUUCGAAAUUCGCCGCUCUGGAGACCGGCCUCGCUCCAGACACGAUUUAUUUGGACAAUUAA